UAAUAACACUCAGGUCCAUGUAGUGGAUGAAUACAAGUAUUUAGGAACAAUUAUUGAUAACAGAUUGAAGUUUGAACAAAAUACAAAUGCAAUUAGUUAAAAAUCACAUCAAAGAUUAUUUGUGCUGAGGAAGUUAAAUUCUUUUAAUGUACAGAGACGUAUUCUUAUGACCUUUUAUAACUCUUUUGUGGAAAGUAUCUUGUCUUUUUCUUUUAUUUGUUGGUUUUCUUUAUUGUCUGUAAAGAAUAGGAAUCGCUUGCAAGGUAUGGUAAAUCUAUGCGCAAAAAUUGUAGGUGUUCCUUUGCGAAGUCUCACAUUUUAUUAUGAACAGCAAAUGAUGAGAAUGGCACAGAAAAUUAUGGGUGACUGUACACACCCUUUAAAUGACUAUUUUGAGUGGAUGCCCCUUGGGCGACAUUUAAGAUCAACUAAAUGUUCCACAAACCGGUACAAAUUUACUUUUGUGCCUGAAGCAAUACGGUUAUGUAACAAAUCCAGUCGAAUUAGAUGAAUUAUUUUUUAUUUUAUUUAUUUAUUUUAAUUUUUUAAAGGUAUUAACAUUUGUAUGUGUGUGUUCUGAUUGUGUGAAGCACCAUGACAGCUUAAAUCAAUUGCCCCAUGGGGAUAAAUAAAGCUCUAAACUAAACUAUUUCCAAAAUAUUUCAAAGUGAAAUAAGUCAUUUUAUUUUCACAACCCUGUAAGACUGUAUGUUUGUUUGUUUUUGGGGGGGGAUUAUAUGAAAGAUGAAAUAUUUACAUUUAAAAAAAUUUGAAUUUAUGAAAUACAAUUUAUGGAAAAACAUGUAUCCUUUUUUUAUCACUUUUGUAUUAUGCAUGUAUAUAACUUUUUCACCAAUUGUAUAUUGUAAACACACACACACACACACACACACACACACACACACACACACACACACACACCUCUGUCCAGUUUGAAAUCUAAUGGAAAAAACCUGAAGCCUGAAUGCAAAAUCCAUCACAAUUCAAGUCAGUAUUUCUAAAACAAACAUUUAUAGAUUGUUUUAUAAACUCACCACCAUCUUAAUUCAUUCAUGAUGACCUACAUUAAGUAUUUUAACUUCAGUUAGUUCAUGUAAAAGUUCAUGUAUGGUUUGUGAGAGCUCCAGAUCUCACACAUCUCUCCGGACAGAAUUUCCCACGUCUCAGUCGCCACACUGUUUCCCCUAACUUGCCGGAGUCUACCUCGUGAUUGGCUAGUGGCCGCACCACGUGACCGACUUCCGCCUGGAGUUUUGGCGACAGCUGGAGCGCGGUGGUGCCGCGGGAGUCUCGGGGUCGGGUUUCUGCACACUUUCCGUUCUGCUCCAUCCUGUCUAAAAUAUGGGCGAUAAGAAGAGUCCGACAAGGUAACGGGAGCAGCGUGGUGGCAGCACCGUGAAAAAGCCGAGGCGCUGUUGCUUGUGUGUGUAAUUCGUGAGGCGUGGGGCGCCUCACACCACAGCCGUACAUGGCGGAUAGCUUGUUUUGUUUCAGCAACCAUUAGCGGCAUGAGCAGGCGAUGGUGCUCCGCGGGCUGCGCAGCAACAACCCGGACACCGGUUUGACACAUGUCUCUAAUGUGUGUGAAUGUGUGAAAAACCCUAUUCCCGUGUGUCUUUUUUUUUAUUUUUGUGUUUUGUUUUAAGGCCGAAGAGGCACUGCAAGCCGUCGUCGGACGAAGGCUGCUGGGACUGUAGCGUCUGCACUUUCAGGAACUCCGCCGAGGCGUUCAAGUGCAUGAUGUGCGACGUUAGAAAGGGCACAUCCACACGGAAACCUCGUGCCGUUUCACAGCUUGUGGCUCAGCAAGUACCUCCGCAGUUCGCUUCGCCCACACAACCCAAAAAAGAGAAGAAGGAAAAGACGGAGAAGGACAGAAACGACAGGGAGCCAGCAAUGAAAAAGAACAGCCACAAAAAGAUGAGGCCGAGGUUAAAAAACGUCGACAGAAGCAGUGCACAGCACUUAGAAGUCACAGUGGGAGACCUGACAGUCAUCAUCACAGACUUUAAGGAGAAAGCAAAGCCCUUAUCCUCCUCCACAAGCUCAUCCUCCUCCACAGCCACGUCAGCAGAUCUGCGCAGCCAAAGUGGUUCCAGCUCAGAUAACACAGAAAGAGCAGUCUCCAGGUCAUCAUCACCUCGGGGUGAAGGCUCAUCAGUCAAUGGAGAAGCACACUAGCCUCUGGAAGAAAAAAAAACACCCUUAUUUUACUGAAGGUCAAAAGUUUUUCCCUGCACAUAUCCCUACUCCUUCUUUUUGACUGGACUGAAUGGGGCUUGGAGUAUCCCCACAGUCACUGCACUAAGAUCAUAGGAAGAUCUCAGCUGAGUAGCAAGGAGUUAUAAUACUGCCCAUCUAAAGCGCAACUGUCAGUGUGAUUGAAGAAUAUCGCUGAUGAGACUGUUCCGAUCAACGUCACAUGCUUUCUAAACUCACAAAACAACUUUCUGGCUCAAAGACAGUUACUGAUGUGUGUCUGGAAGUAAAGAGAAUGUACUAAGUUGUACUUUCCAAGCUCUAUCUUACCUGACUGGCAAUUUAUUUAUAUAUAUAUAUAUAUAUAUAUAUAUAUAUAAAAUAUAAGAAACUGGAUGAGAUUCAGGGUGAGUGGUCUUCGAUCCAGGAAAACACAUACGAGGACUGAGCUUGAGAUCCAAUAACAAAACCAUUAUAUUGUGAUGUUCAGCAUAGUUUGUGUUGUUCAUUUUGCAAUGAGGAAUAUUUCGGUCUGAGUUUCAUAAAAGUGGAAAGUUUACAGAAUAUAAAUGUGAAGAGUUUUUGAUUAGGGAUGCAUCAGUAUGGAUACUGGUAUUAAGCUUGAUGCCAUGCUUAUUUACUCAUACUUGUAAAAAAAAAAAAAAAAAAAAAAUGCUCCAAUACCAGCUUCUGUUACCACGUGAUGCUGUGUGCCGUAAGCCUAGCGCAUGUUGCCAUAAUAACGAACUGACAACUUAUUCCUGGAUUUAUUUCUUGAUUCGUGAUUCAAGCGGUGCUCUGUGAAAAUACUAAAACAGAAACCUGAUAAAGCAUGUCGUUUAGGCAGUGUGCAAACAUAGCCGGUCUGUACACAUCAGCAAACGUGGUCAUUAAAAACAAACGCAGGGUAGCGUGAAUUGUGCGGGCACAGAGAAAUCAACAAUCCUGACACAAGAGCACUUCGAUUUUGCGAGCACCGGCACAUGCAUGCACACGCACACUUCCUGUCCCCUUUUGCUCGCCAGGAUUCACACUUUGCAGGUCAAGGUACAAUUCGCAACUCCUGGUUAUUCAUGACCACUCUUGCUGAUGCUAAUCUGCAUGCUUUGGUUAUGUGAACAUAAAUCUCAAAAUUUAAAGCAAAAACACGAACGUUCAUGUCGUCUCAGAUAAUACUAGGUAGAUUACUAGGUGCAUCGAUUUUGCUAUCACACCGAUGACCAAAAACCCGUACUCAUACACGGUCUGGAUCCAACGGUAUUGAUGCAUCCCUAUGUUAUAAGUAAUGAUUUGUGGUUAUAAAAGAUCGGAUGCAGUAUCUGGUAUCUAAAAGUUUUCAUGUUUCGAGGAAAUUCUAGUUACUUUAUCAAGUAUUAGUUUUAUAUUUUAUCACUUGUUCUAUUGCUUUUUUCCUUUGCUCCACUGCACUUGUGUGAUCUGUUUUUCGACGAUCUAAAAGGAUUCAAAAGGAGACCAGGGGCUACUGAUCAGCUUGUAAACCUUAUGGUGUUAUGGGAUGUUUUUUUUUUUUUUUAUUGUCUUCUGUAUGUCCAUCACCACCAUGUCUUCUAACAGACGGAUAUUUUAAAGCUGGUGUGCGUCAUUGCAUUCGUGCGAGAUGCCGUGAAUGUUACUGAAGAAGGUUGAAAUGCCUCUUUAGGAUAUGAUGAUAUAUGCACUGCACUGUGUGCUAACCCCCAGGCCAUUGUAGUUCCCCAUGAUGUUCCCUCAUAAGUCACACUUUUGCAAUAUGAACUCAAAAGCAAUUUUUUUUAGAUAACUAUAUUGGUUAGAGUGCUUGAUAGGAAAACUGUAGAUCUAUUUUCCAGGUUUGUGUUUGUAAAGAAGCAGAUUGAAUGUUUUUUUUUUUUAUUAUUAUUAAAUAAAAGCCAUGUUUCUCAUAAAG